UCUUCCUUCUACACACAUACCAAACGAGCACCUCGCAGAGUUUAUAGAACACACCGUUGCAUUUUCAACAACCCUAAGGCUACCAGAAUCCUCAUGGCGGAUACUAUUCGACCAUCGACACCGGUUUACGUUACUCCCUUUCGACAGAAUGAUGGGCGGCAUCAUGAGACCCGGCGCAUUCCACUAGCAGAGGAUGCGUCCCGUACGUAUGGAGCGAUGGACAUUAGGGAUUUGUUCGAAGAGAUUGGUUAUGAGCAACAGUUUUCAGCAUUCGAACAUAAUCACGCAGAGCUCAUUGAUAAUAUUACGCGAUUCAUUUCCAAUGAGGAUUUUUCCCUCAUGAAUGGGCAACUACCUUUCGUGGACGCAGUCGCCGCCAGAUUUCAGAGAGGCAAGUUGCUACGACUUUUGAAUGAAGACGGCUUUGAUGUGCCUGCAAAUCCAGCCGUGGAGACACCUCCCGAAUACCCCAGAAAUGACCAGUCUCCUGAGGCUACUGCUGCCUGGGCCGAUUAUCAUGCCAGAGUUGAGCGUAGAGAUGAGACUAUCGGACGUCUUCAAGAACUGAGAGCGUUGCUUCCAGAUAUCACUGCUGGCCUGCAACAGCUUUUACCGGACGGACGGUACGUGGUAGAGGAUCACCAAGAUCAUGCUGUCCAUGGUUCACCGCUCAAACCAGACCUGGUUGUGUUGGACAGUCCGCCUCGCGGCGAGGGGCAGAGCAUGCAAUAUCGGACAUGGCUGAAUAUCUAUUUUACAGCGGAAGUUAAGCGAGGGGUAAUUGGGACUGCAAAAUCCACGUCUGGAGGGCCAGAUAACGACGAUUUUAAGCAAGUAUCACGCAGAUUCGCAGCAGAUCUUCUUGUCCAUUGGGAUCAGAUCGAUCUCAUCUUAUUUCUGCCAAGACGGGUUGCUCGUGCUGAUAUUGGGCAUUGGACGCAUUAUCCAAGGG